AGAAUUCAGUGAGAAGAUGACAGAAAGAAAACUGGAAAAAAAAUUCAGAAUUGAACGUGAAGUUCACACCGGCGCUGUUCAUUUCUCCGAGGCUGUUUGUGUGUGUGUGUGUGUGUGUGUGUGUGUGUAUUAUGUACGUGUGUGUUUUUUAGGGAGGGUGCUUCUGUUUCCUCAGGAUAACACAUCAGCAUCUGGUAGCAAAUGAAGUGCCGGUGGCCGACAUUCCAUCAGACCUGUCUGGCAUCUCUGAAGAAGAAACGCACACACACCCACACACACACACACACCCACACACACACUCGACGCUUCUGUGGACCCUCACACAUGGGAAUGGCACAGCAGUGAAGCGCCUGUCCACUGGAGCUGAAGGACGGUCCCACUGCCAUUUUGUUUCCUAGUGUCGAACCCUUCCGGAGCCAACAUGCCCAUCCUGAAGAAGCUCCCUGGGAGGUCCCGGAGUAACCUCAGCAACGGUGACGUGAUGCUUAAGAAUAACCAUGGCAAUAGCGAAACAGCGCUACAGAGUAACCCCGGCAACGGCGAACUCAUACUUCCACCAUCCAGCCUCAACCCCUUCGACGACGUGGACCUAGACGUAGGUUGGAACGAGGAAGAAGGCGGGGUAUGGGAGAGAGGGCGGGGCCUGACGAGGUCUUCACAUGAUGGUGAGGCACUGGAGAAUGAGCUGAAUGCGGAACUGCAUGGAGGGUUGAAGGUCACGGACAGGUCGAAGGGUAGCUCUCCUCUGAGAGGGACCCUGGAGCGCAUAUGUGGCUCGUCACCGCUGAAGACGUUGGGAAAACUGAGCAAGGGGCUGCGCCUGACUGGACGAAACGUGUGGAGCAACACCCUGCCGGCCACGCCCACUACCGGGAAGGAGAAGAAGAAGAAGAAGAAGAAUCAUAGGAGACCAUCCGAGGAGAUCAUGACCUUGCUGAGGCUGGCCGGGCGGAGGAAGAAGAGCGAGCGGAGGAAGAGUCUACCUGAGGGGGAGGUGAACGGUGAGGAUGACGAGGAUGCUGACCGUCGACCCUCGUUCCUGCGAAGCCUGAGCAAACUCCGUGGAGACUCUCUCACCAGCCGCGACUCCCAGGAGGCAGAGCGGGAGAGCCCAGAGGAAGAGACGCCCAUCAAACGUCGAGAGCCGCUCUCAGUCCUCGAAAUCCUGCAGCUGGUGAAUCAGCGAGACCUCCUGCUGGCCGACACCCACAUCCAAGAGUUGGAGAGAGAGUGCGAACUCGACCCCACACUUUUUCAAACCCCGCCCACCACCCCCACAACCAUUGCUACAACCCCUCCCGCUCCGUCCUCCCCUCUGUGGCUCUCCCUGGUGGGCCAGUGUGAUGACGAGACUCCAAGCGCCUGGGACGCAAGCUUGAGGAAAGUUAAAGAUGUCGAGUUGCUCUAUGAGGCACUGCAGAGAGAGAUGUGGGAUGUGGUGCGCGAGUCCCUACGGCAACCAUGUGCCGGCCCCCAGCUUGGCCUAGUCGUGCUUGUGAUCCAGCAGGAGGAGCACGCCGACCGCAUCUGGGCCCUGCGCCAGGAGGCUCAAUCUGAGCGCCGUGAUGGGGCCCAGCCUGACCUGCAUGAGAGGGCGCACUCUGACCAGUGCCAGGAGGCCCAGUCCAACCUGUUUGAGGGGGUCCGUUCCAGCAAGCGUCCCCGGAGGAUGAGGCAAAAGUGGGCGGAGGCAGUAGGAGAGGCUGCUGAUUGGUCACUGCCACAGCCUGGGGGUAUCACAGCAGGACAGAUGGGCACGUUCCUGGAUCGGCUAAGAGGCCGAGUGGUGGAAGACAUGGACGCGGUGAGGAGGAACGUGGUAGGAGUGUAUCCAAAGGAGUUCUCUGUGUUUCAGGUGUACAUGCAGAGCUACCACAGAGGCGUGGCCAAACGUCUCCGAACCAUCACUGCGGGGCAAGUGCAGAUCACCGAUAUCUACUCACUGCUCGACUGGGUCUACAACAUCUACAACAGGGACGUGCUGGGCACGGUGGGUGCUAUGGGGUCUGUAGACUGUGGAGCUCUCGAGCCACUGCUUCCUGCCGAGGUCAUGGACAGACUGGAACAAGAGUGUCUUGACACCAUCUGGGAUAAGGUAACUAUGGAGCUCUCUCACGUUCUGGAGGAUGAGGAGAAGCGAUGGACUCAGACGUUACACAUUGAAGAGUACCAGUCUGGCCUCGCACGGUCAAUCAUACAGAGGCUGAAGGUGGACCUGGACAGAUCGACAGGUGUCAGUCAGCCUUUGGGAGCUCGAGUGGCCCGGUGCACUCUCAAAGGGUUAGCCGACUUCCUCCACAGUUUCCAGAGAAAGGUAGAGAUGUUUCACGAGACUCAGGCGGAGUUCGGGGAUCGAGCUGAUGGUUACGUGUCCCGCACCAUCGCGCUGGCCAACUGCGUCCCUCCCUUCAGGAGCUUUGUGGAGCGCUGUCGGCAGUGUGACCCCCUCGGCAGUGAAGACUCCUCCCACAGAGCGCACUCGUCACUCGACCGCAUCAUCAACCAGUCUGUACGGGUUCUCACCGAAAGACUGUUCGAAAGCAUUAGGCCCUUCUUUGAUAAACUGCUCAGAAAGAAAUGGCUGAACAACACAGAGGCGUAUGAGAGCAUCGAGGCCUCCAUCAAACAGCACUUUAAAAAGUUCCGCAGGAUGGACUGUCCUCCCUAUCAGACUCUGGUGAACGAGGUGCACAGGCGGCUCAUGGUGGAAUACGUGCGUGCCAUCAUGAGGGGGCGGGUCAUCUGCACGUCACUCAAAAUGAGGAAGAGACUCGCAUUCCGGCUGCAGGACGAGGCCAGACAGCUUAAAGCACUUUUUAAAGACCUGGAGUCUACCUGUUCCUGGCUGGAUAAUGUGAUUGGUCACGUGGCUGACAUCAUCCUCCUGGAGGACACACCCUCUAUUCAGAUGGAGGUGGGAGUGCUGGUGAAGGAGUUCCCAGAUAUUCGGAGGAAGCAUGUCUCGGCUGUACUGAACGUCAGAGGGAUGGUCCAGCAGGCGGAGCGUCAGGAGAUUCUCGCCGUCGUCCGGGACUUCGAGACCAGCGACAACCCCACCCAUGUUUCCAGAGACCGCGCCUUGUUCUCUGAGAUCACCGUGGCGACGGACAUGCCCUGCCUGGGACUGGUUCUGAUCCGUUUUGGACUGAGAGUGUCAUCGUGGGUGUCGAGCGUCCGACCUCGCAGGAGGCGCCUCAUAAGGAGCGCGAGUCGAAGAGCAGAUGAUGCUAACGAACACGUCGCACAAGACAACCAAUAACAUCUCACUAACCAGUCAAGACGGUAGAUCAUAACCAGUGACACAAGACGAUACGUAAGAAGUCGGCAAGUCAGAAAUUAGCCUAGAAAAAAAAAACCCAUAAUGACUAGCUUAACCAGUAACCAAAUCAUUUCCAAACGCAUUCUGAUCCCAUAAUUCUGUUCACUGAACUUCUUUAAAAAGUUUCAACCUACGAGGGAGACCAAACCGUAUCAACACUCCAAAUGUAAGUUUCAUAGCUAGCUAAAAAUCGGAUUCGUGUUUGUAGAUUGCCAAAAGUCAUUCCCUAGUUAUAUAUUAGUAACUAAUGUAAAACUUUAGCAUAAGGCGUUAACCUGCUAGUUAGCCUCAGUUAUCUUGUUUGGUAGAAAAUUUUUUUAAAAAGCAUUUCAGGAUCCAUCCUCAGGUACGCCAAUAAACUAGCGAGAAAUACAGAAAUGUAGUGUACAGGCAGCGUGCUAAAAGUUAAAAGGCAAAAUAAUAA